AUGGGGUCGAUCACUCAAUCUAGUUUGCCGUCUGACUUUUUGUGGGGAUUUGCGACGGCCGCUUACCAGAUUGAAGGUGCUGUAGAGGCAGAUGGUCGUGGACCUUCCAUUUGGGACAAAUUUUGCAAGACUCCUGGCAAGAUUGCUGGUGGGGGAUCGGGCGAUGUGGCAUGCGACUCCUAUAAUCGAACAGAUGAGGACAUUGAAUUGCUGAAGGCCUGCGGAUCUCAAGCAUACAGAUUCUCAAUCUCAUGGUCUCGAAUUAUUCCCCUUGGUGGACGCAAUGACCCGGUGAAUAAAAAGGGUAUACAACACUACCAAAAGUUUGUCAAUGAUCUUCUAGAUGCCGGAAUUACUCCGAUGGUUACUUUGUUCCACUGGGACUUACCAGAUGAAUUGAACAAGCGCUAUGGUGGAUUUCUGAACAAGGAAGAGUUUGUCGCCGACUUUUCAAACUACGCCAGAGUCCUAUAUGAGGCAUUCGGCUCUAAGGUCAAGCAUUGGAUAACAUUCAACGAGCCUUGGUGCUCAUGUAUCUUCGGAUAUAAUACUGGAAUGUUUGCGCCCGGUCGUACAAGUGAUCGCACGAAAAGCGAAGUUGGCGAUGGGACAACAGAGCCCUGGAUUGUAGGCCAUAACAUCCUGAUAGCCCAUGGUGCUGCCGUCAAAAUCUACCGCGAUGAAUUCAAAUCUCGAGAUGGAGGUGAAAUCGGAAUUACACUGAAUGGUGACUGGGCUGAGCCUUGGGAUUCAGAGAACCCGGCCGAUAUCGAAGCGUGCGAUCGCAAGAUUGAGUUUGCUAUCUCUUGGUUUGCAGAUCCAAUUUACCACGGAAAAUAUCCCGACAGCAUGAUCAAGCAAUUGGGAGACAGAUUGCCAGCUUGGGAUCCUGAAGACAUUGCUCUUGUUCAAGGCAGCAAUGACUUCUACGGAAUGAAUCACUACUGCGCCAACUUUAUUCGUGCGAAAACGGGAGAGCCUGACCCGGAGGACAUCGCAGGAAAUCUGGAACUACUUCUUGAAGAUAAAGAUGGCCAAAGUGUUGGUCCGAUCACACAGUCCCCUUGGCUGAGACCCUCUCCUCUGGGCUUCCGAAAACUGCUUGUUUGGCUCAGUCAGCGCUAUGGGUACCCCAAGAUCUAUGUAACGGAAAAUGGAACCAGUGUGCUCGGCGAGAAUGAUAUGCCUCUUCAGGAGCUCCUUGAUGAUGAGUUUCGGGUGCAGUACUUCCGUGAUUAUGUAGGUGCUAUGGCGGAUGCAUACACUCUGGAUGGAGUCAAUGUCCGUGCAUACAUGGCGUGGAGCCUUAUGGACAAUUUCGAGUGGGCCGAGGGAUACGAGACUCGUUUUGGGGUAACUUAUGUUGACUACGAGAACGAUCAGAAGCGAUUGCCGAAAAAGAGUGCAAAGGCCCUUGCUAGCAUAUUUGACAGCUAUAUUGACAAAGUUUGA